GAAAGUAUCCCUCAAUUGACAAAAAUUGCUCGAAAACCCGUCGGAGUAGGUACAGAAUACAAGAACAUCGCUGAGUGCACUUUUGGAAUCAUGUUAUCGUUGGAGGUUCAGGAAGGCAAGAAUUUGAUGCAAAAUCUCCCUUUCACGGAGAGAUAUGCCAAGCACACUGCUUUGGUGCUUAGGCUAGCGCAGAAUUAUCUCAACAAAGGGCAUAUUGUAUACGGAGACUCUGCUUUUUCAUCAGUUUCCACCGCAACUGCUCUGCUGGAACACAACACGUUUUACACUGGUUUGGUAAAACAGUGCUUCAAGGGAUUCCCAAAACAGUACCUU